AUGCCACCACCAGCCAGAAAGAGGCGGCACUCUCAUUCGACUGACCCCUCGGACACAUUACUCGAACCCUUCUACUACGGCAAAGGCUUGACAGAUCCUAUCAAUACUGCAAGGGACAAAUGGAACCUUCUACCAGCUUUCCUCAAAGUCAAGGGUCUGGUGAAGCAGCAUAUCGACUCGUAUAACUUCUUUGUCGACACCGAGCUCAAGACCAUUCUCCGCGCCAACGCUACAGUUCACAGUGAUGUUGACCCUAACAUGUUCAUUAGAUACACCGACAUUCGAAUUGGCAAACCGGAACGCGUCGAGGAUCGCCAUAACACGGUGCCUGGUCUGUCUGGUCCUGGAAUCACUCCUCAUGAAUGUCGUCUUCGUGAUCUGACCUACUCGGCUCCAAUCUACGUCAACUUCGAAUCCAGAUCGCAGAGUGGUCUGAAGAUGGAGCGCAACGUCUACAUCGGCAGAAUGCCUGUCAUGCUCAGGAGUAACAAGUGUGUCUUGUCCGGCCGCUCAGAAAAGGAAAUGGGUCUUCUCAACGAGUGCGCUGUCGAUCCUGGUGGUUACUUUGUGGUUCGCGGUCAAGAAAAGGUUAUCCUGGUUCAGGAACAACUGAGCAAGAACCGUGUCAUUGUUGAAAUGUUCAAGGGAAUCAUUCAGGCCUCUGUUACCAGUCACACUGCCAACGUCAAGACAAAGACUUAUGUUUUGCUCAAGAAGGGUCUGAUUGUUCUCAAACACAACUCUCUUACGGAGGACAUCCCUGUUGCGAUCGCUCUCCGAGCUAUGGGCGUUCAGUCCGACCACGAAAUCAUGCUUUUGGUUGCUGGCGACGAUGCCGUAUACCAGGACGAGUUCUCUGUCAACCUCGAGGAAGCGGCACGCUCUGGAGUGUCUACACAGGAACAAGCGCUGGAAUACGUUGGAGCUCGCCUACGGCCUGAGCGCUUUGGCCAAUAUGGAGUGCCAAAGAAGACUAACAAGCAAAACGCUGUUGAGAAGUUGUCUAACACGAUCAUUCCUCACGUCGGCGUGACGGCCAUGAACUUCCGACCAAAGGCUCUUUACAUUGCAUUCAUGGUCCGCAGAGUGCUCAUGUGUAUGCACGACCCAAAGUUGAUCGAUGACCGAGAUUAUCUGGGUAACAAGCGUCUGGAACUCUCAGGAUCAAUGAUGGCUCUGUUGUUCGAAGAUUUGUUCAAGGACUUCAACAAGCUUAUUAAGCAAAGUUGGGACAAGGUCUUGAGGAAACCGAACAGGACUCGUGCCUUCAACCCGGCAGACUACAUCACAAUGCACGAAUCUCGCAUUACUCAGGGCCUGGAACGUGCUAUCUCGACCGGUAACUGGACUUUGAAGCGUUUCCGUAUGGAUAGAGCUGGUGUUACCCAUGUCCUGAGUCGCCUGAGUUUCAUCGCUGCUCUUGGUAUGAUGACCAGAAUUUCGUCACAGUUCGAAAAGACCAGAAAGGUCUCCGGUCCUCGUGCACUUCAACCUUCACAAUUCGGUAUGCUUUGUACUUCAGAUACCCCUGAAGGUGAAGCCUGUGGUCUGGUCAAAAACCUGGCGCUGAUGACACAUAUUACCACUAUGGACGAGGAAGAUCCUGUUCGCAAGAUGAUUUUCGUGCUUGGUGCCGAGGACGUUACAUCUGCAAGUGGUACUGAACUUUACGCCGAUGGAGCUUACAUUAUCUUCCUCAACGGUACACCUGUAGCCUUGACUCGCGAACCCAAGCGCUUCCUGCUUGCUUUCAGAAGAUUCCGUCGCAUGGGAAGAAUCUCUGAAUUCGUCAGCAUCUACAUCAACCACCAUCACAACGGUGUACACAUUGCGACCGACGAGGGUCGUAUCGUCCGUCCACUUAUCAUUGUCGAGAAGGGCAAGUCAAAGGUCACAACACGUUAUCUCGAAUCCCUCCGCAAGGGCACGCUCGAAUUCGAUGACUUCCUCUCUCGUGGAUUGGUGGAGUACCUUGACGUUAACGAAGAAAACGAUUGUAACAUUGCAGUCUACGAACACGACAUCAACCAACACACUACGCAUCUUGAGAUCGAGCCUUUCACCAUUCUGGGUGCUGUCGCUGGUCUGAUUCCCUACCCUCAUCAUAACCAGUCUCCUCGUAACACCUACCAAUGCGCUAUGGGUAAACAAGCUAUCGGUGCGAUCGCAUACAACCAGCUCACACGAAUCGACACUCUUCUCUACCUCAUGGUCUACCCACAAAAGCCUAUGGUCAAGAGUAGGACAAUCGAGCUUAUCAAGUACGACAAGCUUCCUGCCGGUCAGAACGCUAUGGUUGCGGUCAUGUCCUACUCUGGCUACGAUAUCGAGGAUGCUCUAGUCCUCAACAAAGCCUCUUGCGAUCGUGGUUUCGGACGCUGUCAGGUAUUCAAGAAGGUUAGUAUGCCUUUGAAGCAAUACCAAAACGGCCAAACCGACCGCAUCGGCGACCGCGACCCUUCCAACCCACGUCACAAGAAGAUCGGUAACGACGGUCUCAUCGAAGUCGGCGCAGAAAUGGAAUCAGGCGAAUGCUACAUGCUCAAAGAAACACCAGUGAACCAAGGCAUCAACACACAAAAUGCUGGAUGGGCACCCCAACACAUGUCCUACAAACUGCCCGACCCGGCCUAUGCAGACAAAGUCAUGAUCUCGGCCAAUGAGUCUAACACACCCAUCAUCAAGAUCCAAACACGCCAGACCCGCCGUCCCGAAAUUGGUGACAAGUUCUCCUCUCGUCACGGACAAAAAGGUGUCACCGGUCUGCUUGCAGAACAAACAGAUAUGCCCUUCAACGACAUGGGCAUCUGCCCGGACAUCAUCAUGAACCCCCACGGUUUUCCUAGUCGUAUGACCGUAGGCAAAAUGCUUGAGCUCCUCUCCGGAAAAGCGGGAAUUCUUCGCGGCGGUCACGAAUACGGAACUGCCUUUGGCGGCUCCAAAGUCGAAGACAUGGGCGAUAUUUUGAUUUCUCAUGGUUUCAGUUACUCGGGCAAGGAUCACUUGACUUCAGGCAUCACUGGCGAAUCUCUACCUGCCUACGUCUUCAUGGGACCCAUCUACUACCAGAAACUCAAGCACAUGGUUCAGGACAAGAUGCACUCUCGUGCCACCGGACCUCGCGCAAUCCUGACUCGUCAACCUACCGAAGGUCGUUCGCGCCAGGGAGGUUUGCGUCUCGGAGAAAUGGAACGUGAUUGCUUGAUCGCCUACGGUGCCUCUCAGCUUCUUCUCGAGCGUCUGAUGCUCAGUUCAGACGCCCAUGAGGUUGAUGUGUGCGAGACUUGCGGUAUGAUGGGAUACCAGAAUUGGUGUCAGAGUUGCGAGAGCUCGAGAGGUGUGGUGAGGAUGACGUUGCCGUAUGCGGCUAAACUUCUCAUUCAGGAGUUGUUGAGUAUGAAUGUCAAAGCGGCGUUGAAGUUGACGGAUGAGUUCCCUAGGGAAGAGUAA